UUCUUUUUCUGGCAGGCUGUCCAUACAGGGAUGCGGGCAUAUAUUUAUAAUAAGAAUUCUGUUAUUGGCUCUCAGGCAGAGCAUUCAGGGAUGCGGACGUACUACUUCAGUGCAGAUACCCAGGAGGAUAUGAACAGCUGGAUUCGGGCUAUGAACCAAGCUGCCCUUAUGCAAACACGCUCUUCACUGAGAAGAGAAACUGAAAAAGCAGAUCAACGAGCUGUUCCCCAAGCCAAUCAUGUGGAUGCCUGUAAAGUGUGUGUGAAGGCAGAGAUUACCGACACAAAAGAAAGUUAUCAAAAAUCUGCUGAAAUGCUCGGAUAUGAUAAGCGUGAGGAGAUAAGAAGAGAGAAAGAAGAAGAGGAGCGUUAUAUCCACAGAAAAGAAGCUCUAGAAACUAAGAAGGGAAAGGCUAAGCAUGCGUUAACAGAAGCUGAUUCAUUAUUUCCAGAUUUAACGAAUGCACCACGAUCCCAAGUAGCUCAGUCUGUGCCCGUUGAGAAGAAUGGAACGCUUCCUAGUUCAUUAAGUAUGAGUGCUGGCCUAGUGGAGCAGAAUGGUACCAGCUCAUAUAAAAGAGGGUUUGUUCCCAGGACAAAUCCAGAUAAACAGAUUCAAAGAAAAAGUAAUAUGGCUCAAGUGGAGCACUGGGUAAAAGUCCAAAAAGGAGAUACAAAAAGGUUAGUAAUAGGCCCUGUCUGUAAAUAGACUGCCAAAGAGAAUGUUCCUAAUAUAAAGGAAAAUAUGCAUUUGAAAUAUAUUUGGUGCAAACUGGAACAAUACAGAGGCAAUAUAUAACAAAACUUGCUUUCUCUUUUCUAGUGCACAAUGGUAUUUUUCAGUGUUUAUCUCAUGGGAAAGUCAAUAUAGGAUUGGCUAAUCAAAUUCCUCUAAUGUUGUCACUAUGUUGUAAAUUAAAAAGGUGAGAUUAGAGUG